AUGACUUCUCAGAUAGUUGACCUUCCGAAGGGUGGAUUUGUUUAUGAUAAUUGCUACAGGAAUGAUCAUCUAUGUAAGAUUUUGGAUCUUCCUUUCAAGAUGACUAAGACAGGCACAACUCUAGCUGCAGUCACAUUCGACGAAGGAGUUGUGCUCGGUGCGGACAAAAGGUCGACUGAGGGCUCAAUAGUCGCUAAUGGCUUCUGUGAUAAAAUCCAUUAUAUAUCUGACAACAUAUAUUGUUGUGGUGCAGGCACAGCGGCAGAUACUGCACAAGUUACCAGGAUGGUAUCAUCCCAGAUUGAGCUUCACAGAUUGAAUACUGGUCGGAAACCGCGUGUUAUUGCUGCUCUUCGUCUUCUUAAGCAGCAUCUAUUCAAAUACCAAGGUCAUAUUGGAGCAGCUUGCAUAUUGGGGGGUGUAGAUAAUUUUGGUCCUCACCUCUACGGCGUCAGUCCCCACGGGUCGAGUAGCAAGCUUCCUUACACGUCUAUGGGCAGUGGCUGUUUGGCCUCCAUUUCUGUCCUCGAAACUAAUUAUCGUCCAAAUAUGAAGAGGGAGGAUGCGAUGGAAUUAGUUAGGCAGGCUAUUCUUGCUGGAGUUUUCAAUGACUUAUACUCUGGAACUGGAGUUGACCUCUGCGUGAUUACCAACAAGGGCUCGGAAUUUUUUAAACUUUACGACUUACCCACUGAGAGAGGUGUUCGAGCGAGGAGUUAUUUGCCGAACCCAGGAACCACAAAGUUCACCAAAUCAGAGGUCAAGAGAAUUGAAUACGAAAUUGUUUCAACUCGCGUCAUCAGAGACAUGGAGGAGCGCGAACCCAUGGUAAUGUAA